AUGCCUGCUCCGUUGAUUUUCAUGACCGGUGCUACUGGUUUCAUUGGCAGUGCCACGGCUGUUCAAGCUCUCAAGUCCGGAUACCAACUUCGACUUGGCGUUCGCCAAAAGUCCGAGAAACUCCAAUCAUUGUUGUCAGAGUAUCGCGGACAGGUGGAAUUCGUCAUCAUCCCGGACCUCACCGAGGAGGCGGCGUUUAGAGGGAAGCUUGAUGGAGUGGACUAUGUCCUCCACCUAGCAUCGCCUCUCGCCAACGGCACAGACAAGGAAGCGUUUUUCUCCCCCGCGGUGAACGGAACACUGGCUGUGCUCAAAGAGGCAGCUAAGGUCCCCAGCAUCAAGAAGGUUGUGGUCACUUCAUCUAUCGCUGCCCUGAUUCCUCUUGCUGGACUUCCCGACGGCGGUGUCAUUAGAGAGGACAACGACUGGGAUCUCGCUGUGGAUCCCACAGCAGAUUUUGUUGACCCCAACAACCCUGCGGCAACCCCGAUGACCUUGUACCGAGCAUCCAAACUGCUUGCGAACAAUGCGACAUGGGACUUCUGGAGAACAGAAAACCCGCAUUACGCACUGGUCACUCUCCAUCCGUCAUUCGUCUUUGGGCACAAUCUCGUGCAAGCCUCCGGUCAAGAGAUCGAAGCAGGGUCCAAUGGAAUUAUCUGGGGUAGUGUGAUGGGAGGCGUCCCACUUGGAGGGAUCACGGGUGUGCACAUCCAGGAUGUUGCCGAGGCCCAUAUCAGGGCGUUAGACUCGAGGAUGAGGAAUGGUGCGAAGUAUCUGCUCUCGGGGCCGCCGACAACGUGGAAAGAGGUGGCUCGGAUUGCGCACGAGCUCUACCCCAAUGUUGGAGUGAAGCUUACCGAGGGUGCCGAGGGCGCCUCUAUGCCAACUGAUACCACCAAAGCCGAAGUCGAACUGCAAAUGCAAUGGCGACCUUGGGAGGAGAUGGUGCGGAGCGUGAUGGACCAGCAACUGGCCUUUCUGUCAGGUUGA